GUCAGUCAUACAUCGAUCCAUCCAUCCAUCUAUCCCAUACACACACACACACACACCAGACAGACGACAUCCAUCCAAUGCCUCUCGAGCGGCUGCCUGGCUGGGUGCGGUGCAUGGUGUGGGGUGGGGUGGGAUACGUGCGUGUGGACGUCUGUCUGUAUGAUAGCUACAAUGAGACGGCACCCCUCGUUCGUCUGUCUGUCUGGCUGGCUGCCUGUCUGUGUCACGGACUUAAUCGACUGGCAUGUUUUGCACUCAACAGACGCGGGCGUAGGCGAGAGAGGUAGAGGGAGGGGGGGAGAGAGCCCUACCCGCAGCUACAAAGACACUCAAGUACACCACUCCAUCCAUCCAUCCCAUCCACACGCACACAGACACACCACUCCCCCACCAACACGCAAACACACAGACAGACAGAGAGACCCGUUCGUUCGUUUCAACAUAUAUAUUCAAUCAAUAGUGGCACUCACCCUCUACUGAUACUGACUGACUGGCCGGCAAAUAACACAUACACACACACACACACACCGACACCCACGGGCAGGCCAACACACCACCCAGGCAGGCAGGCCAACAGGUCGGUAAGCGAGGAGGAUGGGAUGCCGGCACCGGAAGGAUGCAGCAAAUAGCCACGCCACGAGCCACAGUCAGGCAGGCAAAGGUAGGUGGGGGACGCAAAACACGCAAAACAGGCGGGCGAUGCGGGCAAGGAGCCAGGCAGGCACUGACUAGGCAACAAAGGGAAAGAUUGCAUAUCUAUCUAGCCAUCCCCCGGCCCGCAAACACAGCCUAGCCUGCCUCCACGCGACAGACAAAUCAAUCCAUGUCAACGCAACUCGUCUCGUCUCGUCUGGUGUGUCGAAUUCGCCCUCACGCGUCGAUCUCGAUUGGUGCAGCAACCAACACAGGCAGGCAGGCAGGAAGAUAGGCAGGAAGAUAGGCAGGAAGAUAGGCAGGAAGAUAGGCAGCUAGCAGCAUUACAACGGUAAAUACACAUGGCAUGCCAGAGGGGGGCAGCGGCAGGGGCGAGGGGGUGGGGUGGGGUGGGGUGGGGUGGGGGCGUGUCUGUGUGUGUCUAUCUUUCCUUGUCCCCCCGCAUGAAGGCCACAAACUCGUCCCACUCUAUCAGCCCGUUGCCGUCAAGGUCAAUCUGCCGAAUCAUCCUGAUCGACGCACACACAGACAUGAAUAACGGGCGGGCGGGUUGGUGUUGAGUUCCUUUCAAUUGCAUCCGAGUGUGUGUGUGUGGAUGGUUACUCUUGAAUGUCCUGGCCGGCAACGAGUUUCUGCUCGGCCUCGCCCCCCGUCAGCACGUUGAUGAACUCCUGAGUGGUGAUCUUGCCGUCACCAUCCUGCACACACAUCAUCCACCCACCCACCCACACAUGCACCACCUCUCUCUCUCUCUCUCUGUGUGUGUGUGUGUGUGUGUGUGAAUGCGACUGACGAGGUCCAUUUUGUUGAAUGCGCUCCACACGAGGUUGAGCGUCUGUUCCUGCCAGGUGAGGCAGGCCGCCACGAACUCAGUGUAGGAUAUCUUGCCGGUGCCGUCCAAGUCCAUGGCCCCGAUGAUGCGCGUGAUGUCCCACUGCGGCACGCCCGCCUUGCCCAAGGCCUGGCGCAGCUCUUCGUGUGAGAGGGUGCCGUUCCGGUCGGUGUCGAAAGAGAGGAAGAGGUCCUUGAUCUGCUUGAUCUGCUCGUUGUUCAUGUUGAGCUGGUGGGCGACCAUGGUGACGAGGGCGUUCUUGAGGGCCGACUGCUUCAUGUAGGACUUGAUGUUGUCCCGGAUCUCCAGCGACAGCUCCUUCUCGUUGUGCGCCGCCUGCUGGAACCAGGGAUGCUCCAACGCCUGAAUGAGACACAUGAGAGAGACGCACAUCACAUGGACGGUAUCUGUGUGGACGCGUGUUUGCAUCGCGUCAAUCACAUACCUGUGAUGCUGAAGGCCUGACUCUGGGGUCCUUUUGGAGCAUCUUCUGCAGAAGGUCGACGGCCACGGGGGACACCAGGCGACAGUCACGCUGGAACGGAGGCUGGUCUGCAGAUUGCCGAGUCACACACACACACAGGGGGCAAUGUCAGGUCAACCAACGCUGUUGAGGCCGGCUCUUCCCUGACGUACCUUUGCAGACUUUGUCUCUGACUUCCUCGAUGGUUCUGCCCAUGAAGGGCAGCCGACCGGUCAGCAGAAAAUACAUAAUCACGCCAGCCGACCUGCACACACACACAGAUACACACACACGUGAUGGCAUGGGUGUCCCUCCCUCUGUGUGUGUUGGGGGGGGGGGGCGGCUGAGGUGGCCAUCCAUCCAAUCCAUUCCAUCCACGCCAUGCCAUGCCUACCAGAUGUCGCACUUGUAGUUGAAGUUCCGCUGGUAGACCUCCGGCGCCAUGUAGAGGGCCGUGCCAGCCGAGUUGUGGGACGUCGAGUCGUCUUGGUGGAACAUUUCUGCCAAACCUGCACAGCCAAACAACCAGAAAAGACACACAACACCUGGGCGGCAUGCACGCGUCUCGUCUCUGUGUGGCGUGACGCGGCUUGUCUGGCUGACCGAAGUCGAUGACUUUCAUCUCGGCGUCGUUGCUGGAGUCGACAAACAGCAUGUUCUCGGGCUUCAAGUCCCUAUGGGAUGGCAUGGACGGACGAGAAACAAGGUGAGGUGCGUGAGGUGAAUUGCUGUGUGUGGCGUCAUGGCCUGGCCUCAUAUAUUGCGUACUUGUGCACGACUUUCUUGGCGUGGAUGUAUCCGAGUGCCUUGAGCAGCUGGCCCAUGAUGUUGGCCACAAAGUGCUCCGUGAAGCGCUGGCCACUCUGAUCGACCAACGGACACCACACACACACGGACAGACAGUAGGGACGCAUGGCAACUCAAAUGCCCUGUGGUGCUGGCCCACUCACUCUCUCACCCGGUGUAUCUCGCUGAUUCUCUUGAGCAGCUCGCCGCCCUCGCAGAACCUGACACAACGAACGGCAUAGAUACGAAUGCACGUGUGUGUGAGAGAGUGUGACAGUGUGUGGGGCGUGUCAGUCAGUCAGUCAGUCAUGGUUCACUGACUGACUCCAUGAUGAUGUAGAUGUUGUUGUAGUCGUCGUAGACUUCGAAGAUCUUGAUGAUGUUGGGGUGGUCCAGCGACUUCAUGAUCUCGAUCUCAGCCUGAUGACGGACGGGACACACAACACACACACACGCGUGGCACAUCCACUGAGGGCCUCCCUCCCUCCCUCCCUGCCAGGCAGCCAGCCUGGCUACGUACCUCGAUUUGUUCUACUGGUACGGAUGACCUGUCCUUGUUGAUCGUCUUGCACACGCGCACCAGAUUGGUGCUGCAUUCCAUCCGCACACACAGACCUCUCAUCUCAUGCUGAUGUAUGUGAUAGCCCGCCUUGCUCCCUCCCCCCUUCUUACGUCCGCUCCCUGACGAGGUGGACUUCGCCAAACGAGCCGCACCCCAGCUUCUUCUCAAAAAUCAGCAACUCUGAGUGAGUGCCGGCAGCGCAGAACAGACCGACAAAAUGACCAACGACAACGAACGGUGGCCACACGUGCAGUGGACCAUGUCAGUCGGUUGCAUUUGUUUGUGUGUGUACCUACCGUUGAUGUCUCUCCUUUGUGAUGCCAGCGAGGUGCGUCUGACGAAGAAGGCCCGCCGGAUGCGCAUCUUGCGCUGGGGGUAGUACUUGUCGCGAAUGCGACACAACAACUGGAAAUACUGCAGUCGAUCCGGCAACCAACCACAUCACACAUCCACAUGACAUGACAUGGACCAUCUUACACACACAUACAACACAUGGCUCGCGGCUGUGUGUCUAUCCGUGUGGGGUGCUUACGAGCUGCGAGAACUCCUCCAGUUGGAGCUUCCCAUCCCCUGCACAGACAGGCAGACAGACAGACAGAUGGAUGCUGGUGGUGGUGGUGGUAGUGCUGGUGGCCGUGUGUGUGUGUGUGUGUGUGUGCCUGAGAAGUCGUAUUUGUUGAAUAUUCGUUUGAGUGUUUCGUCGUCGACUGGUGGCAGCUGUAGGUUCUGGCACAGCCUGGCCGUGAGCUUCCUCGUCUCGUCAAAAUCCAAAGUGCCACUCUCGUCCUUGUCAAAUUGCUGUGAGUCCAAUCGCAUGGGGGCAGACAAAACAUCACGUCGAGACUCUCUCACACUUAGCUGACUGACUGACCUUGAAUGAAGCCUUGGCCGACUUAAAGAACGUGUGCUUGUCAGCCAACACCUGUCAGGUGACAGCCACACACAGUACACACCACACCACAACACACCACAACACACCACACGCAGCUUGGAGGCCGGCUGGCUAUUGAUUGUCUGUUGCUCGUUGCUUUGCUUGCCUUUUCGAGUUUGUUUCUGAUCUCAUCGGUGUCGAACUUCGAGGUGCUGUUGUGGCCAGCCAUGCCUCCUCCCUGCUGAUGCUGCUGCUGGUGGUGGUGAUUGACGGAUGGCUGGGCGGCCGGAUGGGGGGAAUGACUGGGCUGGGGGGCGGCGAACGGGUUGGUCGAUAAACCUACACACACGACAAACACACACACACACACACAGGAAAUGAGUGGAGGGUAAUGAAGUGCUUUGAUUGUCUGUCCGUUUGUUCGUUGACCUUACCUUGUCUGUGUGCGUGAGUUUGUGCGUGCUGAGGAUGCUGCAUCGCUCAGCACAGGGCCCGCUUCAUUCGGCAACCGAAUGAAGGCCCGACAAAAGAGCCAAUCAACACAGGCAACACCGACCGACACACCGACUCUUGCCGAGUAAGAGAGGCCAAAGAGCACCGAAGGUCAAUCGGUCGUCACACUGUUGUUGGAGCCGAUGAAACACACACAGCCCCUCACUGACCGCUCAACUCACUCACUCAGCUCCCUGGCUGCAGGCUUGCAAGACUCUGAAGGGCGGUUUGAGAAAGCGAGGCUUGCAACUCUUCCA